GCUGUAUUGACUUUCAAUCAGAUUUAAAAGAUUGCAUGGGAGAUGUGGUUUUCCAAUUGUGCACAUACAGAAUACAAACUGCGUCGUUCCUGCGCUGCUGCGAUGCGUGCUGCUUUGGGUUCAGCUGGACUUGCUGGUCUAUUCGUGACUCUUCAAUUGUGCAGCGUGCAUGCGCAGCUAGCUGCACAUGCUGGCUGCUGGCUGCUGGCUGCUGUCCGCAAGGCACGCCGGCAGCGGGGUAGUGCGUGCAUUUGAUGCAAUCGUGAAAUCACGAAUGCUCCUCCGUUGCAGCACUCAUCAAG